AUGCAGCUGGUAGACUCGGAGGAAAGUGCUUCGUGGUUUGUAGACAACUUGGUUCAGAAAGAUGGAAGCUUGUACAUAUUUUCUCCUUUUGAUCCCCUAUUUCUACUUCUUCCAAUUUUGGAGAAGCGAAGGAAAAAGACAUCAGAAUCCCCUGGCAUCUUCCUUACGUUGGACGAUCUGUUGCACGAUGAAACGUACAUAUCAUUGACUAGGCUACACGGCCUCAAAAAUCUGCCCGAGAAGCUCCUCGUUAUUUGUGACUCUAAUGUUCCGGCUCCAGGAAUGCAGUUCUUCAGAUUGAACGAUGAUAAAACAUUGUCAUGGUUGAAGGCAAAGGCUACACGAUUGUUGACAAGAUACAACGACUAUCAAAUGUUGGAAAGGUUUACAAGCGGCGAGAAACACAUGGAUGAGACUCAAAAACAUGACUCGCGAUUACGGGUUGUCAUCCGCAUACUGGGUGACUGUCUUCCACCGUCUUGGAUUGAAAAACUAAGAGAAUCUUAUGGUUUCAAAGACGAACAGGAAGCAUCAGAUUAUGUCUACUUUGAUAACGUGGUGAAGCGACCUCUUUCACAGAAGAAUACGGCAGACGCCGAUCAUCCUACCGCGAAGAAAAAGAAGCUAACGGUGGGCCAGCGCUCAUUAGCGAAAGCAAAUAGAGAAGGAAUGAAAAGUAUAUCCAGCUUCUUCAAAAAAUAG